AUGUCAAAAAUCAUUAAAAAAAGUAAUUCCAUAAAAAACGUCAGUUCGACAUCAAAGGCAACCCCCAAUUUAGCUGACAUGUUUGAAUUUUAUGCUCGAAUAGUUAAGUUAGUAAUACUUAGGAAAGAUGACAUGGAUGCUAAGUCAAAAUAUUCGAGUUGGCUGAAAGCGCUGAGGAAACAUUCAAACGCCACGGUUAAAUACGACUACGUCAAGUUACUUGUCAUGGGACUUAAUCAUCCAGUUCCGGUUUGCCCUUUCAACGAAUACCCACCAGCCGUCAUCGAACCGCUGGAAGGCGAAUGGAUCGCAAACGCCAGGAACAUUUUCUACAACGGCGAUCCGUCUUGUCGGCCGACCGUCUUAAACCCGCCAAUCGUAACCGCCGUGUCGGACGAUAAGCGUCAGUUUGCGGCCUAUCAGGAAAUACCAAACGCAGGACUUCAAUGUUAUUACGCUCAGUCCGACGAACCACUAUAUGAGUGGUUUUUCAAACACAAAUCAUUAUCAAUUCCGCCCGAUAAUGCUGUCCAAGCAAUACCAUUGGACUGGGAAAGGUCUUUAGCUGGAAUUCAUGUGGCACCUCCCAAAAUUACUUCUAAAAGAAAGACAAGCUCGUCGCUAAUUAAAAAACUGUCAUCGUUGAGCAUUGUAGGGAGUAAACUCGAAGAAAAAAGAGACUUUUGCAAAAUACUUGACACAUAUCAAGAAAUGUUCAAUAUAACGACGAACUUCAAGUGGAACGAAAACAGUUUAUUAACAGGCGACACUAUACCUGGUUCCGAUUUGUGUAUCGAUUGGUUUAUUCACGAACAUGAAAGAACACAAUUGGACAUAGACGAGGAAAUGAUUAGGUCGUUCGAUAAACUGUAUCCACAUAAUUUCCGUUUGUUAGUAAAUCCUGUACUACUAGAAGGAAUUGUUAGAAAAAUGGACUGUGCUGAAGAAAAUGCUAAAUGUAUGGAUGCAGAAUGUGCAAAAGUUGAAGAAGAGGAUUGCAAAAACCGAGUAAGAUAG